CUACAGACCCAAACAGUGUAAGAAGACUCCGUCAGGAAUGCAUCAGCAAAAUGCGGAGUCUACCGGUCAACACAUCAAAUACAGUUCCUGACGUUUAAAUCUUUGAAAUUUCCACAUGAAGCUUGAGGUGAAGGGCUGAAGGUUGCGUUUGAAUCAUUUAUCUGACCCGUUAGCAUCAAUACAUUUGCACUGUGCCAUUCUGUGAGGCACUUGUUUGCCCUAGGAAGAUAGCAUGGCAGAUAUCGAGUCCUCCUUUGAAUUUAGCUCAUCUCUUACCAGCUCUUCGCUGCCUCCCCCUCGGACUCGAAUCUUUAAGAUCAUCGUGAUCGGAGACUCUGGAGUUGGCAAGACUUGCCUCACCUAUAGAUUCUGUGCGGGCAAGUUUCCAGAUAAGACUGAGGCCACUAUCGGUGUGGAUUUUCGAGAGAAGGUUAUUGAAAUAGACGGCGAGAAAAUCAAGGUCCAGCUAUGGGACACCGCAGGCCAGGAACGCUUCCGAAAGAGUAUGGUGCAGCACUACUACCGCAACGUCCACGCUGUGGUGUUUGUCUACGAUGUCACCAACGCCGCUAGUUUCCGAAGCCUUCCGGCCUGGAUCGAGGAGUGCCGCCAGCAUGCCCUGGGUCAAGAGGUGCCCAGAAUCUUAGUCGGCAACAAAUGCGACCUACGUCACGCCGCUCAAGUAAGCACCGACGUAGCGCAGCAGUUCGCCGACGCACACUCGAUGCCUCUCUUCGAGACCUCUGCCAAAAACCCCUAUGGAAACGACGACGGCGGUAGGAAUAAUAGUGACCACGUGGAGGCCAUUUUUAUGACGGUGGCGCACAAGCUGAAAUCUCAGAAGCCACUGGUGUUAAGCCAACCACCGUCAGGAGAUACUGUCACUCUCAGGAGGCAGGAUGAGGAGGACAGGGGAAGUUGGGGAUGUGGAUGUUGGAGGAGCUAAUGAAGGAGUCACCACUGUACAGAAUGGAAAUGGUGAAGCACCUUUUAAAGAAGCAGGUUCAGAUGUGCUUUUGUGUUAUUUGUGAAAGUCCAGGUCUAAGGUUGGGGACACGGGAACAUCUGUUCUCAAGAUUUCGUUUUGUAUCUGGCCAUUAUUUUAAAGGGAAAAUCAUUCCUCUAUCACUCAAACCAGAGGCUUUGAGAAGUUGCAUGUAGGCCCGUCUGCCUUACAUAUACAAGCUUCAUCCAUUAUAUGUCUAACUCAUAUCAUACACCACUGCCAAACACGCUCUACAUUUGCCUACUAAAGAAUUUCACGACGCAAUUAGAUAAACUGUUCUGUUAAAUCACUUUCAAGGUGACAGGUUUUAGUCUGUGUGUUUGUUGUUUGUUCUUUCAUUCUGUGUCACCCACACACAUGCAGGCACUUCCUGUGAAAGUUGUCAGUUCGCUAAAGAGAAACUGAUGAGCAAACACCAAAUGCAGGUUAUUUAUUACUGCUGCUAAAAUAAUUUAAAGAAAAUAAAGCUGAUAUCCUUGCCUUGCCUAAAGCCAGUCCUAGUCUACUGCCAGUGUUUUAUUUAUUGCCAAUUUCUUUUCUUCUAGCAGUCAUUCAUCUGAAUAAAAUAUUCUUGAUUAUGCAUGAUAACCAGUACUUUCUGUGAAUCAUGUUGAAAUGUAGAUAAAAAGGGACUAGAAUUCGCUGACAAUAUUUCCUUCAGUGUCUACACAGUCAGGUUUUGUAUGUAGUACUGCUUUGUUAGGCAAAAUGAAAAUGAUCUGUACUGUAUAAUCGCAGAUUAGUACCUCAUAUUAUUCAUGGCAUCUGCUCUGUGCAUGGCAUAAAUUUGAACAAAAGGUCUGAUAUCAGUCUAUAUUUCAAUAUGUAAUCUGUCAGUACAAGUAUACAGAUAUGCUAAUGAUUAAAUUGUCUUUCCCUUCCCAUCUUCUUGAUACGCAGGACAGAGUUCAAUCCAUUACAGGGAAUAUUCACUCAUGUCUUUAUGUAACCACAGCUGGUCCUGUGGAGUGCAUGAAAGAUGCUCAGGCAUGACAUGCUUUAUUUCUUUUAUGGGGAGUUGCCAAAAACAGGUUUUGCGUAUGAUUUCCGGUUAAUUUUUUAGAGUACAAUUAAGGUCAAAAGUUUACAUAUACCUUGCAAAAUGUUAAUUAUUUUACCAAAACAGGAGGGACCAUACAAAAUGCAUGUUAUUAUUUACCCUGUUCAAAAUUACCCUGUUCAAAAGUUUACCAGUUACCCAAAUGAUCCACAGCUGUUUUUUUUUUUAAGUGAUCAACAGUUAAACUGCCCGCUGUUCUUCAGAAAAAACCUUAAGGUCACACAAAUUCUUAGAUUUUUUUUUUCUGCUUUUUGUGUAUUUGAACCCUUUCCAACAAUGACUGUAUGAUUUUGAGAUCCAUCUUUUCACACUGAAGACAACUGAGGGACUAUUAUGCAACUAUUACAGAAUGUUCAAAUGCUCACUGAUGCUUUAGAAGCAUUAACAAUGUCUUAAGAGCUGGGGGGUGAAAACUUUUUGAAUUUGUAGAUCAGGGUAAAUUUAACUUAUUUUGUCCUCUGGAAAACAAGUAUCUUCUGUAGCUCUUGAAGGGCAAAACUAAAUUAAAAAAAUAUGUGAUAUUUAGGCAAAAUAAGAAUAAUGUACACAUCUUCAUUCUGUUCAAAAGUUUUCACCCUCAAGCUCUUAAUGCUUUGUUUUUCCAUCUAGAGCAUCAGUGAGCAUUUGAACCUUCUGUAAUAGUUACAUAUGAGUUCCUCAGUUGUCCUCAGUGUGAAAAGAUGGAUCUCAAAAUCAUAGUCAUUGUUGAAAAGGGUUCACAAAAAUGCUGAAAAACCAAAGAAUUAGUGGGACCUGAAGGAUUUUUCUGAAGAACAGCAGACAGUUUAACUGUUCAGGACUUUCACCACAGCUCUGGAUCAUUCAGGUAACAAUACAAUAUUAAGAAUGAAGGGGAUGUAAGGGUCAUUUUUAUAAAUUCAAUUAUUAUUUUCUCUUGUGGACAAUAUGUAAAAUCUUUUAUGUUAAAUAUCUCAUUUAGGUCAGUACUAAAUAAAAAAAAACUUUUUUUUUUGGUAUGAAACCCUCUUAUUUUGGUAAAAUAAUUAACAUUUUGCAGAUUCUGCAAGGUGUGUUUAAACAUUUGUCCUCAAUUGUAGGUUGGUUAAGGGCCUGAUUAGCUGAUACAUUGCAAUGUUUGAUUCGGGUUCAAUAAUAGGCAUGUGUUUGGUUGAGGAAUUGUGCACGGUUAAUGAUGGCUCUUAAAAAUUUAAAUGCAACGUGUUGGAUGCAUAUUAAGACUUGUCUAUUUGUGCUUAUGGGUCCUUACAGAAGGUUUAUGUCUUAUUUAUCUGCCAGAAACAUCAUAAGCAUUUAUAAUUUUUGUAGGUUUGUGCUAAACUGGUCUUGAUAAAAAUCCUUGGUCGGGAUUCUCUUCGUUGUUGUCUGUACAAAUUUUUCUUUUUACCCAGUGUACCAUUUUAAGUGUCCUUCAGAGUUCUGUAUUUUUUUCUGUCUUCAUUAACACAUUAAUAACAUAGUUAAUAAUGUAUAAUAUGAGCAGAUCUCAAAAAUCCACGAAAGAUCUAAAUGCAGAAAAAUAUAUGGAAUAUGGUUUAAGAUUAUUAACAUGUUGAAGUGUUACAUUUUUAUUAUAUGGAAUUGUUUAUUAUUCUUGGGAAAUUAUGCAUCUUUGCAACCAAAGUGUAUGAGCCAAUCCAUGAUAUCAGGGGUCAUCAGUUAAAAUAGCACCUUGCAAUGCCAGAACUCAAGCAUGCACAACAUAUCUUUACUAGUCAUUUGUCUGAUACAACUCAUGCCUUUAAUGUUGGUCAGUGAGUUGAAGUGAUACAGUUUUGAGAAAAUAAACAAUAUAAACCGUCAAUCCACUAUAAUCAGAGUGCAAAAGAAAUCAGUGCUUGGUUUUAACUGUUUCAAUGUUUUACUAAAAAAUAAAGUACAACAUCUUUGA